AGGCGGCAGUCCUCGGGUCGGGGGUUAGUUCAGAGUGGGACUUUACACGGAAGGACGUGCAUGUGAGUUUAUAUGUAACACAGACCUGCAGGACUGUACCGGAUCAUCCCAAACCCGAUUCUGGAAUAAUGAAGUCUCCAAAAUUGAAAGCCCAGGCGAAGUUCGUCCAGGAGGAGGACCUGACCGACGUGCUAUGUGAGUUUGACGCGGUGAUGGAAGACUUCACGUCGCCGGUGGAGAAGCGACACUUCAGGUACGACGAGCACCUGAAGACCGUGAAGAGGAGGAGCAGCGCCAGCGUCAGCGACAGCGGCAUCAGCGACUCCGAGAGUGCAGAGUCACUCAACAGGAACAGCUUCAGCUUCAGCGAUGAGAGGCUCAACUCCCCCACCGUGCUCUCCCCUACCACCAGCUCACCCCCUCUUAUGUCACCAAAACCCAAACUCGGCGACACUAAAGAACUGGAGGACUUCAUCGCUGACCUUGACAAGACAUUAGAGAGCAUGUGACAAGGAGGCUCAAAGUCAUCCUGGAGUGAAGCCAUGAGGGAGGUAGGGAGUGGAUGUCUGGACCCCCCAGAGCAGCUAAUAUGCGGCCGGCCCCCACACCAAAAAUGAACCAACAGGAUACAGCUGGAUGGUAGAGCAACUUUCAAGUGGCUCCACCGUGGCAUCAGGUUUAGCCAGCACUCUCCUAAAGUUAACCCAGCAAGGCUUUACUAACUCCAGGUUGCCUGGCUCCUGGGCUGUAAGGAUUGCAAGGCGGGUCAAAAUUAGCCUUGUAGGGAACCUAAGGACAAGAAUACUUUAGCAGGCAUGAGGUAAUGGACUCCAUGAAACGUUGUGAGGAAUGAAGACAUGGAAUAUUUGCUGCAAAAAGUCACUGGAACGUUUAUUGUCAGAAUCAUAAAUCAUCCCAGCACACCGACCAGGUUACACUCCCUCAUCCAAAACUUGAGCUGUAAGAGUAUUUAAAAAAUAGCGUUUUAUAAUAGAAAUAUAUUUGUAAUUUUAUAGAGCUCCUUAUUGUUUUUUGUGAAAUAUAUUUUUGUAUCUUAUGUAAAUAAGUAAUAAUUGUUUCAAAUUAUAAUUGCCUUGGUAUUAACAGACCAUUCAGAUUAAGUUUUGACACUCUGGAAUAAAGUUGGUUACAUGCUUAAAUGUGAACUGAAAACUUAAUCCUCCCUGACAAAAACUGGAAAGCAGUAUGUGUAUUUAAUGCCUGCCAGAGUUAAUAUUAAAGUAUAAAUUGUUUUUCUUUUACUA